UCCCGCCGCACCGGGCAAUCCUGGUUGGUGGUGCCCCGCGGUCGGCUCCGGGAGCGGGAAGCAUGCGCGGCGACUGGGAACUGGGCGCCGCGGCUGGAGGCCCGCUGCUGCUGUGCGCCGCGCUGCUGGCCGUGGGCUGCGCACUGGGUCUGCGCCUGGGCCGCGGGCUGGGGGCUGCGGACCGCGGGGCGCUAGCCUGGCUCUGCUUCGACGCCCUGGUGCACUUCGCGCUGGAAGGCCCUUUUGUCUACUUGUCUUUGGUAGGAAACAUCACAGAUUCUGAUGCCUUGAUCGCUUCAUUGUGGAAAGAAUAUGGCAAAGCUGACGCAAGAUGGCUUUAUUUGGAUCCAACCAUUGUGUCUUUGGAAAUUCUGACUGUCGUCCUGGGAGGGUUUCUGGCAUUGGUUCUCAUUUAUGCCAUUGUCAAAGGGAAACAUUAUCGACUGUCCAGCCCUCCAGUUCCCAGGCUCAAAGCACCCAUGCUUUGAGUUCCUCAGCCUUCAGAGAGGAGGUGGUAGCUGGAUGUACCGUCCCCAGACACUGUUGUGGGGAAAAGCUUCCAGGUGCCGCAGAGAUUGGGGAGUAGAGGAAGCGUUCCCACUGUUGAGGAUUUUGAUGUAAUGAUGAGAAUGGUAACGGUACUGGUAGGCACCAUUUACUGGGUUCUUUAUGUUAGGCGUUUAAUGAUCUCAUUUCCUCCUCUUGACCACUGUGCCAGGUAGGUAUCGUUAUCACCAUUUUAUUAAGAAAAAGCUGAGGUUCAGAGAGGCAAAGUAACUCUGCUUUCAGCUGCAAGUGGCUGAGCUAGGUUUUCUUAUGAUCUCACUCGACCGUAGGUAAGGAGGGAGGAGGUCCCAGGUUGGUUCAGCAGCUCAGCAGUGUCAUCCGGGAGCCAGUCUCUCUCCACAUUUCUGCGUUGGCAUCAACUUCUGGGUGAUGUUUCCUUUCCUCGGUGCAGCAACACCAAGCUUCUCAUCCUCACACAACCAAAUUCAAAAGCAGGAAGAAGGGAAAGGUGGCAGUCUUCUCAUGUGUUUGUGUGCAUGUGUGUGUGUGUAUUUAUUUUAUCAGGAAGGAAAUAUUCCCCCAGAGCCUCCCAGUCAAUUUUAUCUGAUAUCUCAUUGUCCAAGAGAAUGAAAUGACUUGAUUUGACCAGGCAGGGUUCACCUCUGAGCGUACUGUCUCUGUCUCUUGAUAGCUGAAUA